UUCUGGCCAGGAUAUCCAAGGAACAAGUGUGGUUGCAAAUCUUCCAGUCCUGAUGCGACAGAAUCCUGCAGAAACUCUUCGUCGGGUUUUACCAAAAAUCAGAGUCCAUGAGGAGGCACAUGCAGAGAAUGUGUUCUCACACAUGAUUAUCCAGAGUUGUGUGGAUCUGUGGAGAAAGAUAUUUGGAAAGUUUAUUUAA